UACGGACACGAUCUGUAUGAGAUCACAUCCAGGCGACAUGUCAGUGCGCCCGUGGAGACCGAGGGGGUCAGACUACGUCAAAGGGAUUCGGGGAUGCGCCCUGGAAACUCUCCCAGUCCGCGUGAGUCUGUCUGUGGAAGUGUCCAGCGCAGUGGACGUGCGUUUUGUUCCCACGCCGCCUCCACACGUCUCAGGAAAGCCGCGGAGGAUGAAGCGGCGACACCUUGGCCGCGUCUGAAGCCCGGCAUGCGCUAUUGCGCACGCGUGCGUGGAACUUCGACGAGUGUCCGCUGAGGCGUUUAACUACUACCGUUGUGUGUGUGCGUGCGUGUGCGUGUGCAAGAGCCGGGAAGGAGAUGUUGGCGAGGAAAAGCAUCAUUCCGGAGGAAUUUGGCCUGCCGGGGCUGGUGUCCCGGGUUCCCCGCAAGCCGGUGUUCAGAGACCGCGUCAACAAGGCGCGCUUCAUCGCCAAGAACGGGUCGUGCAACUUGGCGCACAAGAACAUCCGUGAGCAGGGCCGCUUCCUGCAGGACGUCUUCACCACGCUGGUGGACCUGAAGUGGCGCUUCACGCUGGUCAUCUUCACCACCACCUUCGUCAGCAGCUGGCUGCUCUUCGCCAUGAGCUGGUGGCUGGUGGCCUUCGCGCACGGGGACCUCGACAACGAUAACGGGAAGGAGGUGUGCGUCACCAAUGUCACGUCCUUCACCUCCGCAUUCCUGUUCUCCAUCGAGGUGCAGGUGACCAUCGGCUUUGGAGGCCGUAUGAUCACAGAACAAUGUACAGCUGCAAUCACCGUCCUCAUACUACAGAACAUAGUGGGACUCAUCAUCAACGCCAUCAUGCUGGGAUGCAUCUUCAUGAAGACAGCCCAGUCGAAUCGCCGCGCAGAGACGCUGAUUUUCAGCCGCCAUGCUGUGAUCGCUGUCCGGAACAACCGGCUCUGUUUCAUGAUCCGGAUCGGAGACCUCAGAAAGAGCAUGAUCAUCGGAGCCGCUGUCAGGUUACAGGUUGUGAGGAAGACAACUACACCCGAAGGAGAGGUGAUCCCCAUCCACCAGAUAGACGUGCAGACAGAGAGUGCAGUGGCCAGCAACAGCCUGUUCCUCCUCGCCCCGCUCAUCAUCUGUCACGUCAUAGACAAGAACAGUCCGCUGUACGACCUGUCAGCUAUGGAGCUUCAGUGUAGCGACCUGGAGGUGAUAGUGAUCUUGGAGGGGGUGGUGGAAACUACAGGAAUCACCACCCAAGCCCGGACCUCCUAUGUGUCAGAGGAGAUCCAGUGGGGCCACCGCUUCGUUCCAAUAGUGACAGAGGAGGAAGGGGUGUACUCGGUGGACUACUCCAAGUUUGGUAACACUGUCAAGGUAGCAACACCGCACUGCAGUGCCCGGGAACUAGACGAGAAGCCCUCCAUCUUGAUCCAGACUCUUCAGAAGAGCGAGCUGUCCCACCAGAACUCGCUGCGGAAGCGCAACUCCAUGAGGCGCAACAACUCCAUUCGGAAAGGGGGACCUGGAGGCAGUGGAGGACUGCGGAGGAAUAACUCUGCGCUCGCCGUUCCCAAGGUCCAGUUCUUCACCCCGAACGAGGGGGGCCAGAACCCCAGCGAGAUCACCUGACAUGAGGUGUGGAGUCUCUCGGCUGCCCUGGUCCUCCUGGUGUGUGGGAGGAUGAGGAUGCUAGCAUACUGUGUGCCUUUCACUGGCUUAGUUGGAACACCUUCUUCCCUUCUAGUUUUAGAUUCCUCUUAUUGUAAACUCUAGUGAUAAGAAUCAAAUAUUGUUUUGUUUUUAGUUGUUCAUGUCUUUGGCCCCAAUAUCAAUCCCAGUUUUUAUUGCAACCCCACAGCUGAUGGCAUUUGGAUACUAUUACAUAGAAAUGAAAAUAAUUACGGACAAAGGGUGUCUAAGUAUAUAUCUCUAUUUUGAGAGUCCGGUUGCAGUUUUCUGUUAAUGACGUGUUGUUACUUCUGGUGGUGGCAAUUUACUUGGUCUUGCAGCCCAACAGUCCUGAAUGGUAACAGCAGGAAGACUGCUGCACACCUGUAUUUUAAUUCUGCUGUAUACCAAGAAUAAAUGUGCUGUAUUUAUCUGAAUGUGCUUUCAGUACCUUACAGCAAGUAACAUGGCUGCUGUCUUCGUCAUAAGCACAAAACCUGAACCUAGAUACCCUAAAUGUAUGUAAUGGAGUAUUCUUUGUAAACGUCUUGAUAUUAUUUACACAAGUUUCUCACCAAAACAUGUCAUGUGUGUCCUUAAGGCCUACCAAACAUGUUGAAUGCAUUUCCCACUUCAUGAAACAUUUUUAAUAAAAUCUUUCAUAAAAUCUUCUUUCAUUAUUGGCGGAUAUGGUGGAUUGCUGCCACCAGCUGUCAAAUUGCCUCACCAAUAUUUACAUUAUUUCUUCUUUUUCUUCUCAGUUCUAUAUCAGCUCAGGGUCAGGCAUGUUUCUUUUCUUUUGUAUCAUCUGCUUUGCUUACAUGUUGCUUUCAGCUUCACAUACUUUUUGGUGUUUUAUUUUGCAGAAAUGUGUAAAUAGGCUCUGUGCAUAACUGUAGUCCACUGACUUCCGGUUUCUACUGCAGCGGUCAUACCAAUUUCCUGUUCGUUGGCGUGUGCUAUUGACAAUGGCACAUUUUUCGCGAUGCCUGCAAGAUUUACCAUGGAUAAAUGUCAACGACAUGCACACAACUGUCCACACACUUUCCCCUGCACCUACCAGCAAACGGGUGGAAAGUUUCAAGUUGUACAUAUCAAGUUACGUCCACAAUUACGAGGAUGGGGAUACCGUCCUCAUCCUCCUAUUUGUGGACCUAACUUGAUAGUAAAUCUUGCAGGCAUCGCGAAAAAUAUGCCAUUGUCAA